CUCUGGGCUGCGGAGCACAUUGGAGCCACCAGAAGUGUCAAACGUUGCUCUCUCCGGUCUAGUUCUGUUCCCCCCCUUGUCAUGUGGACCGCCGUGAGGUUAGCUCUGGGCCGGUGCCCCCGCAUCACCACCCUGCCCGGGCUGCGAUGUUAUCACGGGGACUCGGUAGCCACGCUGGGCACUCAGCAGGACUCCAGUUCUGCCAUCUAUCAGGAAAACUAUGAACAGAUGAGGGCACUAGUAGAUCAGCUGCAUGAACGUGCACAGAAUGUGAGACUAGGAGGUGGUGAGAAAGCCCGAGCACGUCACGUAUCCAGAGGGAAGCUGCUGCCUAGAGAAAGAGUGGACAGCCUGCUAGACCCAGGGUCUCCAUUUCUGGAAUUCUCUCAGUUUGCAGGCUACCAGUUAUACGGUAAUGAAGAGGUCCCUGCAGGUGGCAUCAUCACAGGCAUUGGGAGAGUGUCCGGGGUAGAGUGUGUGAUCAUUGCCAAUGAUGCCACCGUCAAAGGAGGGACCUACUACCCUGUGACUGUGAAGAAGCACCUGCGGGCACAGGAGAUCGCGCUGCACAACAGGCUGCCCUGCAUCUACCUGGUUGAUUCAGGAGGUGCAAAUUUACCUCGGCAAGCAGAUGUCUUUCCAGAUCGAGAUCACUUUGGUCGCAUAUUCUAUAAUCAGGCAAUUAUGUCUUCAAAAAAUAUUGCCCAGAUCGCAGUGGUCAUGGGCUCCUGCACGGCUGGAGGAGCUUACGUGCCCUCAAUGGCCGAUGAAAACAUCAUCGUACGCAAGCAGGGCACCAUCUUCUUGGCAGGACCCCCCUUGGUUAAAGCCGCAACUGGAGAAGAGGUGUCUGCAGAGGACCUAGGAGGUGCUGACCUUCACUGCAGGAAGUCUGGUGUCACUGACUACUAUGCCACGGACGAUAACCACGCCCUUCACUUAACUAGAAAGAUUGUGAGGAAUCUAAAUUAUCAGAAGAAGCUGGAUAUCACUGUGGAGCCUUCUGAAGAGCCCUUAUUUCCUGCUGACGAGUUGUAUGGCAUCGUGGGAGCUAACCUGAAGAGGAACUUUGAUGUCCGAGAGGUCAUUGCUAGAAUUGUGGAUGGAAGCAGAUUCAAUGAAUUCAAGGCCUUAUAUGGAGAAACAUUAGUUACAGGAUUUGCCAGAAUAUUUGGAUACCCAGUAGGUAUCAUUGGAAAUAAUGGUGUUCUCUUCUCUGAUUCUGCACAGAAGGGGACUCACUUUGUCCAGCUUUGCUGCCAGAGGAACAUUCCGCUGCUAUUCUUGCAGAACAUCACUGGAUUCAUGGUUGGGAGAGAUGCUGAGGCGGGAGGAAUUGCCAAGGAUGGGGCCAAGAUGGUAGCUGCAGUCGCCUGUGCCAAAGUGCCCAAGAUCACUAUCAUCAUUGGGGGAUCCUAUGGGGCUGGAAACUAUGGAAUGUGUGGCAGGGCCUAUAGCCCAAGAUUUCUCUACAUGUGGCCAAAUGCCCGGAUCUCCGUCAUGGGAGGCGAGCAAGCAGCCAAUGUGUUGGCCACAAUAGCAAAGGACCAAAGAGCACGAGAAGGCAAACAGUUCUCAAGUGCUGAUGAAGCUGCUCUGAAAGAGCCCAUCAUGAAGCGGUUUGAAGAGGAGGGAAACCCCUACUAUUCCAGUGCCAGACUGUGGGAUGAUGGGAUCAUUGACCCAGUGGACACCAGACUCGUCCUGGGUCUCAGCAUCAGUGCUGCUCUCAACGCUCCCAUUGAGAAGACUGACUUCGGCAUCUUGAGGAUGUAACUGCAGUUAAAGAUGGCUUCCACAGGACAUGCUCCCAGAUGAACACGUUCAUAGCCUUAAAAUUCUAGACUUUGGGUUUUUUUUUUUUUUUAAAGAAUUGAU